CCUCUUUGCCCUGCCCGCAGCUCCCUUGCUCCUCCCUCACACUGGGCCGGUUGCUAUGGAGAGCUCAUCGGUGGCGUCAGCGUCGUCAGAGGCGGGUAGCACACGCUCGCAGGAGAUCGAGGAGCUGGAGCGCUUCAUCGACAGCUACGUGUUGGAGUACCAGGUGCAGGGACUGCUGAGCGACAAGAACGAAACAGACCCCGAUGUGGACAAGACCCUGUCCCACACCUCACAGUGGACAGAAGACUGCAGUGAUAAGAUUGACGGGAGCUGGUCAUCUUCACGGGGAAGAGGCUCAUCCAAACCAGAUGAUUGGGAGCACAGCAGUAAUGGCAGCACUGGUUCUAGACCCAGUUCAGGUUCUCGACCUGGUUCUGGUUCCAGAUCAGGCAGCAGAGGACGAAACAACCAGUUCAGAGCUCCAGCAAAGAAUGGAAACAGAGACGGUUCUUUCGACAUCCUCGGGACAGACAUUUGGGCUGCGAACCUGGACAGUCACGGCGGUGCGACGUGGGACAUGCAGCCGGAGAAGCUGGAUUUCUCUCAGUUUCACCGAAGGCCUUUCAGAGGAACACCGAAACACCUGCCGCACAUCGACAGAGAGGGGAUGAUAAAGAACAAGUUUGAGGAGGAUGAUGGGAUCGACCUGGAGAACAUGGAGAAAUUCUUGCCCAGUCUGCCAGUUUUUCCUCCUAUGCCUAAUGAAGCUGAAAUCGCACACACUAAAAAGCUGUUUCGCCGCCGCAGGAACGACCGCCGUCGUAGCAAAUCAGAAGUUCCUCAGGACCAGCUGACUGUGGUGUUGUCGCCCGAAGGGAAGCGUCGGGUCUCCAGGAAACAGCAACGCCUGCCAGGAGGAGGAGGAGGAGGAGGAGGGGCUGGUGGGAAAUCUCCAAAUCCUCAACAGCAGCAACAACAAGGACUUCCGCCGCCGCAGCAGAAUCAGCCGACCAAUCAGACGCAACAGCCCAACUCAGACCACCAAUCAGGAGCUGGCUUGAAACAAAGUGGGCGGGGUUACCAGGGCCAGCAAAAUCAAGGUGUGCGACAAAUCGGCCCUCAUCACGGAUACAGCCAGAACCGCCGCUGGCAUCAAAACCCAAAACACCAGACCAACUGUUUCAGUCAAGGACCUUCAGGGGCUGACAGAGGCCCCACACGCAAUACCAAAGAGACAGAGAAUGUAAAACAGGAGGAGCCGGAGAUCCACACGGAGAGAGGAGUAAAGGAUGAGCCGAAAGAGGAGGAGAAGAAGAAAGAAGACAAGCAGGAGGAGAAAACGGAGAGCGGGAAGAUCUGCUUACUGCAGUCAUCCAAAGAGAGACUGAGGAGGAGAUUGAAAGAGAAGGAGGAGGUUCCCGUGGCGACAGCCGGCCCUCAGCGCAGCCGAAUGGACCGAUUAUUAGAGAUCCUGAACAGCAUGAGGAAUAACAGCAGCGGUGUGGAGGCGCAGCUCACCAGCUUCAUGGAGGAGGCGCAGAACUCAGCCGAAUCCGAGGAGACGCUCAGCCAGAUCGUGCAGACCAUUUACCGCAAGGCGGUCAGCGACCGGAGCUUCGCCGCCACCGCUGCCAAACUCUGCGACAAGAUGGCUCUGUUCAUGGUGGAGGGAACCAAAUUCCGCUCACUCCUACUCAACAUGUUACAGAUGGACUUCAAGCGGCGUGAGGAACUCCAGCAGACGGAUGUGGAGAACUGGCUGGGCUUCAUCACGUUCCUCUGCGAGGUGUUCGGCACCAUGAGGAGCAGCGCUGGAGAGCCUUUCAGAGUCCUCGUCUGCCCCAUAUACUCCUGCUUAAGAGAGCUCCUGGAGUCACCUGAGGUGAAGGAGGACGCUGUUCUCUGCUGUUCUAUGGAGCUCCAGAGCACCGGUCGGCUGUUGGAGGAGCAGCUGCCGGAGAUGAUGACGGAGCUGCUGGCUGCCGUGCGGGAUAAGAUGCUGUGUCCGUCUGAGUCUCAGCUGACCCGCUCGCUGCUGAUGGAGGUCAUCGAGCUGCACGCGCACCGCUGGAGCCCACUGGAGGCCCUCACCACUGCAUACUACAACAGAACCAUCCAGAAGCUGACCGCAUGACCAUAGAGAAGGACUGACCACUGCUGAACACACACAUACACACACACACACAACACACACACACACACACACACACAUUCACAUUCACAUUCACACAAACACACAGACAGCAGAUGGCUACAGGAGCCUCAGACAGUCACACACACUCAAGUGUGUGUGUGCGUGUGUGUGUGUGUGUGUGUUCAGCUUGAAGUGGUCUGGAUCUUCAUGAAGUUCAGUGGGAUCUCCUGAGUUUUCUGUUCUCGUUCCGUCUCGGCUCUCGGGCCAUGUUUAUAAUGUGUUAUAGUGUCCUUAAUAUUAUGCAUUAUUGUUAUUAUUAUUAUUAUUACCUUUCUCUUGAAGUCGCAUUUUUUAUAAACCACGUGUUAAUGUAUGUGUAAUAUAGGCUUCGUUUGUGAAAUGCAAAUAGAAUCGUUUGAUUGUAAAUGAAUGAUUCACUUACACUGCGAAAAAGAGCAACGACAAGAAUAAUAAUCUGCUGCUUUUAACGUUUUUGUCAUUUUCCAGAACAAAAUAUCCAAACUU